UUCUUCUUCUCUUUAAUAGGGUGUAGAUGUUCUGGAAAUGAUGCGAAAUAUCCAUGUGUUUGUACAACAUUACAUGUACAACCUGAACCAGCAGUUCUUUGUUGAAGCCACAAGCAACAACAAGCAUCUGAAUACAGUCUCUAUAAACCAUAUUGCAAAUUCCAUACGGACUCAUGGGGCUGGCAUUAUUAACACUACAGUGAACUUUACCUAUCAGUUUCUAAGGCGGAAGUUCCAGGUAUUCUCUCAAUUCCUCUAUGAUGAACACAUAAAGUCACGUUUGUUAAAGGAUCUGCAGCAUUGGAGAGAGGUUAAAGCAAGUCAAGAAUACUUUCCAUUUGAAAGAGCAGAGAAGUUCAACCGUGGCAUUAGGAAGCUUGGUCUUACUCAAGAGGGACUGUCUUAUUUAGAUCAGUUUCGAGGACUCAUAACUCAUAUUGGAAAUGCCAUGGGCUAUGUGAGGCUGGUCCGGUCAGGUGGCCUUCACUGCUCAAGCAAGGCGGCCCGUUUCAUCCCUGAUCUACAGGAUGUGGUGAGUUUUGUCCAGUUGUGUGAGGAUGCCAGUGUGUCUACUGGCACAACACGAGCUGCAGAGAACCUUGAUGCUGUAAUCAGCAACCUCACUAGGAACUUCAACCAGGAUACUGAUUACUUUAAGCUUCUGGUUGAUGUAUUUGCCUCAGAAAUGCGUGACAACAAGAACAACCAUUUACGUAAUUUCUACCUCAUCAUUCCUCCUCUGACUGUUAACUUUGUGGAACAUAUCAUUGCUGCCAAAGACAAUAUAAAUAAAAAAAACAAGUCUGGGGCUGCAUUUACUGAUGAUGGAUUUGCUAUGGGAAUUGCGUACUUGCUGAAGGUUCUUGACCAAAAUUCAGCUUUUGACUCCUUACACUGGUGGUCAGGUGUUAGAAGAAAGUACAUAUCUGAAAGAGAAAAGGUUGAACAGCAGCGACAAUCAGGCAGUGGGGGUGAUGAUAAACUUCAGCAGACUCUGGCACUCACAUUGUCCCGACUGCAACAGUACCAGCAGGAGUUUGAGCUUCUUUAUUUGAGCGUGAGCAGUGCAAGGGUUUUCUUUAGGGGUGACUGGGCAUCUGCAGUGUCCAUGGCUGAUGGACAAAAUAGUGAUACGCAGUCUACAAACAGUGGUACAAGCAACAAGGAGAGAGUUGUGGAAAACAGCACUUAAAGUUAAUCAAGUAUCAAUCUUUCAUGGCAACCUUUCCAGUUUUAUUAGUUUAAUUGAAAACUUCAGUUAUUUGAAGUAGGCAACAAAAAAUAUUUCUUUAUUUGAAUUCCUAUUGUUUGGAAAGUAUCUAAUAGAAAAUCAUUCAUAUGUUACUGAUAUAAUGAUCUGCAUAUUGAUAUAUUAAUUGAAAAUUGUAAGGUUUUUCUUCUUUGGAAUGGAUAUUUAGAAACUAGUCCAUUGGAUUAUGAUUAGUGCCACCUAAAUGUAUAUUGUAGUAUUUAAUUAUUAAAAAUGACACAUUUGAUUUAUUUACUAAGAGGGGAGUUUUUGUUGUUUAUAUAAAUUUACAGUUGAUUUAAAUGUAUAAUGCAUAGAACUGCAUCUGCUAUUUUUGAUUAUCAAUUAAGUGGACAGGGAGUACAAACACAAGAUUGUUUUAGGAAAUGUUUUACAAACAUUGAUUGUUAUUAUUAUCUGUGAUAUGGAAAUUUGAUGUAGAUAAAUAUAUAUUUAGCAGUAUACCGAAGAUAAUAAAGGAGAAAUGAUUUAUACAUUUUCCAAUUAAAAUUUAUAUUUAUGA